AUGCCUCCAGGGAGGUCACUCAAUUCAUGCCAGCUGGCAUUCGGUCACAUGUGCCAGCAGCAUGUCCAGCAGCCUGUUCUGCCGCCCUCAGCUAUGAUACCUGCUACUUCACAACCUCAGCCACCGCACCCUGAAUUAACAGCACCAGCAGUCGUGCGGAAACGGCUAUGUCCCGGAAUGGAACGGCCAAUUGCACCACGCCCCUCUACUGUGCCAUAUGACCAAGGAAGCAGCGCUUCAAUUACGUCUCCAGACGUGAACGAGCCUCCAAAGAAACGAGGACGUCCAACCAAAGCAGAAGCAGAAAGAAAGAGAACGGAAGAGGAACGGAAAAGGGCAGCCGCAGAAGCCAGAGGGGAGAGGUAUCCGCUGCCCAAGCGAAGAGGCUCGGGGAAGUCUAAAGCUUCAACUUCAACAGUCCCCAACAGUCCGGCCGGAUCGCUCGGGACUAUUGGAACCUCCUUCUCUCCGCGUACAAAUGCCCGGGGUCUCGAGGAGUCCAAACCUGAACCUCAAGUCCACCAAGGGCCUUCCGCUGGACAACCGUCGGACCGGCCCACCGGCUUCAGAAGAAACGAACAAAGACCAAGGGCUAUGAGCGAUCAGAUACUGAAACCAGUUAGCAGCGCUACCAGCAGGGAGCUUCCGCGACCGUUGGAAGCAAGGCAGACUCUCCCAUCGCCCCAAGAAUUACAGUUAGGACAUCCGGAACCAAUACAACGGUUUAAUCCUGGCCAUCCACCCCUUGAACAUUUCAAUCCUGACCGGAUCCCGCGAGUAUUCGAUGCACCUCGACCUAUGCUGGCAGAUUCUGCCAGCAAUAGGAGACCGGAGUAUCGUAUCAUAGCGCCAACACCGACCUUGGAUCCAGCAACUGAGAAAGCAUCUCGAUGA